CGUGCACCAGCAGUGCGCGCCAGCCGGGAGCGCGCGUGGAGGCGGUCCGGGGCUGUCUCAGCUUUCUGUAAUCGCUUUUCUGCUGCUGCUACCUCCAGUUAAAUAGCUAGGACACGGGAGCGAGCAGACGGCCGUGUGAGAAUAUACUUUUUUUCGGUACCUUGGGAUUACGACGCGGAAUUGCAGCAUCGACGGCCAGCCGCCAGGGCCCACGAUGUCCAGCGAAGUGCAGAGACCGGACGACAGCCCCAGCACCAGCGGGGGAAGCUCAGAUAUUGAACAAAGGGAAUCGGUACCACCUGAACAGGAGCGAGAGCAAGCACAGCCCAAAAAGAAGGAGACCAAGAUCUCGAGUAAAACCGCUGCUAAACUUUCAACUAGUGCCAAGAGGAUUCAGAAAGAGCUUGCAGAAAUAACACUAGACCCUCCUCCAAACUGCAGCGCUGGCCCCAAAGGAGACAACAUCUACGAGUGGAGGUCGACUAUCCUGGGACCCCCGGGCUCCGUGUACGAGGGAGGGGUCUUCUUCCUGGACAUCGCCUUCACACCCGACUACCCAUUCAAACCCCCCAAGGUAACAUUUCGUACGAGGAUCUAUCACUGCAACAUCAACAGUCAGGGGGUGAUCUGUCUGGACAUCCUGAAGGACAACUGGAGUCCCGCCCUCACCAUCUCCAAGGUGCUGCUGUCCAUCUGCUCCCUGCUCACAGACUGUAACCCAGCCGACCCUCUGGUGGGAAGCAUCGCCACACAGUACCUGACCAACAGAACAGAGCAUGACAGAAUAGCCAAACAAUGGACGAAGAGAUACGCCACAUAGACUCCACUCCCCUCGGCGAAACACCCCCUCUUUUACCUCCCUCACCCUUCAGUGUACCUCUUUCUCUACCUCUCGCUCUCACCCAUAGUCUGUCAAAGCACACUCACUAAGUGCAACGGUAUACCUGCCCUCCUGUCACCCUCCUCCUCUUCCUCCUCCCCCACCCCAACAUUUUAUCUACCUUUUCUGUGUUAAAAAAAAAAAUUAAACAAGACAAAAAAAUGUCCUUUGUUCCUUGUUGACUUGAAAGCUUCUUUUUUAUACAAAGAGUAGGUUGGGAUUUUUAUUUUCCAAUAUCUGAAUGUUGGAAGUAUUGUAUUGGAGAAAAAACACAGAAUAUUAUAAUUAUCAUAUGCGUUGUCCUCCAGCUAUACAGUAUGUAUUCUCAUUUUCUUAGUGGCACCUGGAACAAACAUGCAGAAUAUAUGCUUUUAUUUUGUUUUCCUCUGUUUUUUUUUUUUUGAUUUUGUUGUUGUUGUUGUUUUUGGUUUUUUUUUUAUAUUUGUCAUCAGUAUGUUAUCUGCAUGGAACAGGAAGGUUUGCGUCAAUGGAUCCUUCAUGCUUUUUUAACUUCCUCUGAUUUUGUUUGUACUGUAUGUAUUUUUUCAAAGGCUUUUGAGGCAGACCACAAAAGUAUAGGUCUGCCUGUGAAAGAGGCAGGACUUGUAUAUUUACUGGCUACCCGCCACCUCUGCAAUUGCAGAGUGGUUUGUUGUGCACUUGUAUUACUGAAGCACCCAAUAAAACACACUGUGGUUGGCUUGUGAGAAAA